AUUAUAAUAAUCAUGUCAUUCAGAAUAAACGUCAUCAGCUGUGAACAGCUGUAAAUAGUAUUUUCCCUCAAACAGCUUAUAUUUUUCUGUUAUAUUGAAUAUGUAUCCAUGCUUGUCAAUGAAUUGUCUUCAUAAUUAAAAUCUAUUUAUAGUCGUCAAUGUUGAAUUAAAACAAAAACAACUAUUGAAAAUUUAAAUACAAGAUUACCUUCUUUAUAGAAUUUGAUUUAUAAAUGCUACAAAAAUAGAAUAUUAAUUACAUAUCACUUCAAUUUUUUAAAGAUAUACCCAAGUGAUUUGAAGUUGGUUAAAAUGAAGUGGGCAAAUAUAAUAACUUUUAAUACUUGGAUAUGUAUUAUCGUCAUGUUAAACAGUGUUGAUCUGAAACAAUUGGACAAUGUUCCAAGAAUCGCUUUGUUUUCCGGUCAUGGUUACAUCUUGAAUAAAUUAACAAAUCGACCAAUUACGAGUACAGAGGAAAAAGUUGAAAUUGAAUUCCAGACAAAACAGUCAAACACGACUUUAUUCUGCGCAGGUAGUGAAACUGAAUUACUUCGAUUGGACAUUAUUAAUGGAUUGCUCAGGGUAUUUCUACACUUACCAAUAAGUGAAAUGGGUCUUCCAAUGAAUUCGCUAGGAGAAAGUCAGGAAGGUGUACUGUCUUAUGUUAAGCAAAAGAGCAAACUUUCAAGUUUAUUUCAGCUAGACGUUGUCAUUCAAUCACACUUAGAUCCAGCAUCAAGAUUGGAUGAUAAUCAAUGGCAUUAUGUAAUACUGGAGAGGUCGAAUUCUAUGCUUCAAGUGUAUAUCGACAAUGAUUUGGUAUUCACGCGUUUAAUUAGCUCUCUCGAUCAAUAUGCCUACCUACUUCAUACACAAGUUCUAGUUUUAGGCGGAUCAUAUAAAUUGGGUGACAUAUUUCAAGUGAAUUCAAUUAACGCGGGAUCAGACACUAAUUUUAUUGGUAUCAUGUCAAAAGCCAUAUUUCAAGCCGAUGCACUUGACAUGAACAUAUUGAAAUUUACUGUAUCAGGCCUACAUGGAUUCCGUAUUUAUCCAGUGACUAAGUCCAAUGCAUCUAUUCAUCAGACAGCAGACAAAAUACAUGAUAAUGCAAUGGAAGCAGUUCAGUUCAUAACUAUUUGUGAUUUAUUAAAGUUGACAAAUAAUCUCAAUGCAUCACCUGUCAGUUUUAACUCAGAUGCGGAUACUGAAAAUGCAUACAUAAGCUUAAAGUUGCCAACUAUAACAGUAACAAAUAUGCUUCAAAGUUCUUUCGAUUGUAUGCAACAAACAAAUAGAAGUAUUACUAAGACGCAGACUAAAUUGAGAUGGAUUGAUUUAGAGAUAGAUUUUAAGCUUCUCAAUAAAGAACAAAAUGCAAAUGGUCUUCUGUUUUUAUUAAGAGAUGAUACAGAUAACAGAGUGAAACAUUUCAAAUCUGUAAACAAUGAUCGAUAUGGAGAGCAAAUAUUUAAAGACUAUGAAUAUCAGUAUCAUGAACUUGAUGGAAGCUCUUUAAUCGGUGCGGAGUUUCGUAAUUCAACACUGCAUAUUAUUAUUCAAAAAAGUAAAACAAUAUGGUUUGAAGUUGAAAUGAAUUCACCUCGAACUUUAUCAAUGAAUAGUAUGCAUACUCUGGAAAUAAAAUAUACUUUUAUCUGGCUACCAAGUGAAAAUGAUACGAGGAAGAUAAUUUGGCCUUUAGUAAAAGUACGUUAUGAUUCAGCACAAGAAUGGAUUGUUAUCGGUCCAAACAGUCAGAAGAGGUUAGGUGUAAUAACACUUGAGCAGGAAUUGAAUUUAGAACGAAAUUUUUACACGUUAAACAGUUUAUAUAAUACAGUUUGGCAGAAUACAUUGUGGUUUGGUAGGACAUUGUACCUAGGCGGAAUAAAUUAUACUAAAUCAAUUGAAACUGGAGUAUAUAUUCCAGGUCUUCUGAAUAUCAAUGGAAUUCGUCAACACUUUCAAGGUUGUAUUUUCAGGUUAGCUGUGAAUGGUUUAGUUUUGGAUUUGCAGUCAGCCGUCAAAGCACGCAAUAGGUAUUUACAAAGUUCUGCUCAAAAGAAGCAGCGGACAUUUCCGGUUACUAUUUCGAAGUCAAACUGUGAGAAUGACUCUCCUUCUCAGGAACUGCCAAAUAAUUGCCUUUCAGAAACAGUAAAUAGAAUGUCAUGCCCAAUAGAAAAACGUCUGCAAUGGAAAUGGAAACCACCGAACUUGUGUCGUUGUCAUUCACAUGAUUUUGAAGCGUUUGACUUCCAAAAUGGCACACCAAUACUACAUUUCAAUGGCUUGCAACUAAUACGUCUACAGUUUCCUGUUCAACAAUAUUCGCCUUUGUUAUGGAUUCAAUUUAUGUUUAAAACGAAUCAUUUGAACGGUACCAUCUUAUAUACGGUAGCUAAAUCACAAUAUGUAGAAACUAUGAUGAAGAAUAUAGUUGAUCCUAGUGUGGAAGGAAAACCGUCUUUGGAAUAUACACAGAAAUUAUAUUUUCGAAAAUUACAACAACAGCAACAGCGAGAAGAGAAACUAGCUAAUAGUGAUAACAGCAAAUAUUCUACUUCAAAUUAUCAAGGGUAUCAGAUUUUCCUACUGAAUGGUUAUAUUCAUGUGAAAUUAUUCAUCGGUAAAAAUAAGGCGGCAGUUGAAUUGCCUGUCUAUAUAUCUGACGGAAAAUGGCAUUCCUAUGAAUUAAUUCACAACGAUUCACAUAUAUCAAUUUCUCUGGAUGAACACCAAUAUCAACAUAGAACGAACUCAACAAUUUCCCAGUUACCUAUUCAACAAAUAAUUAUUGGAUCAGACAAGAAUAGCCCAGAAAGUAACAAAGUGACAGGUUAUACAGGAGAAAUUGCAUAUUUCUUAUACAAUGGUAUCGAGCUUCUACCAUAUGAUAAUAAUGGAGGAAUAGAUCAGCACUCUUUCAAUAGUAGUCCAGGUACUUUGCCUCAAUAUUCACUCAAUAAGUGGAUACUAGAAUUCGAAGCACAAUUAUUACAAUAUCGCAAGGAAUCUAAGCCGAUCAUGACAUACGAUUAUCCAGUUCAAUUUAUGCGAUCAAAUUGUUAUCUAUCCUUAUUCAAUCGUUCAAUAGAUCCUGAAUUAGCAAUUAAAUUUUAUUUCAAAUCAUCUUUUCAUAAAGGAAUAUUGUUAUUUAUCUUGAAUAAAUUUCAAAAUGACAGUUUUAUACUUAUUGAAUUAUUCAAUGGUCAGAUAUAUUUCAGUGUAAAUUUUAACAACGAAUUAGUGACAACAAACACAGUGGAAUCAAACGUGUUAUUCAAUGAUUCAAAAUGGCACACCGUUGAAGUUUUCAGGUCGCCGAAAGAAAAUAAUGUGAUAAUAUUUCGAGUAGAUACGGAAACUACUAUGGAAACAAUUACAAGUGCACGACUGUCAAAUUUUUUUAACACUGAGGAAUUCAUUUCAAAUUCCAUCAUCAAUAUUGGUGGGAGUUCAACAUCAGACCUCAUGAGAUUCAGAGGAAAAAUUAAGUCUAGAACUGGCUUUCAGGGUUGCAUGGCGAACUUUCAACUAAACUCCGAACCUACAAUCGCUUUAUUGCAAUCUGCUCAGAUACUUCCAAGUGAUGAGUGCUCUUAUCAGAUAGUUUCAGGUUGUGAGUUUGAGUCAUCUAGCUGUGCUUUAACCAACAGAAGACAUAUUUACUCAUAUGAACCAACUUUUUAUGAUCUUGAUAUUCGAAAGGAACUGGUUAGUUUAAACACAUGUUACAAUCAGGGAAAAUGCUUGAAACAAAUGGACAAAUUCUAUUGUGCUUGUGAUUUAACUACAUUUCAAGGCCAUCGAUGCAAUGAAGCUGGAACCACGCUGCACUUUGGUAAAGUUGGUUCAAUUUCUCACUUGUUCAAUUUAAACGAAACUUUAACUGAACUGAAACAACAUAUUGGAUUUGUGUACUUUCAAAUUAAAACAAAUGGUAUGCUGAAGACACCAACGACGACCAGUAGCGAUGCUGUGGUAGAGGUGUUCAGUCUGGGAAUACAACUGGACUUAAUUAUGACUGAAAACAGUGAUCGCUAUGAAGCUGCAAAUGAUUUUAUAACUUUAUUAUAUGCGUCCAGUGGAGAAAAGAUAGACUUGACGUAUCUUCAUGUAUAUUUGGAAAAGGGAUAUUUAAAAAUGAAGUUUCAUUUGGACGGUUCAGUGAUUGUAAUCGAUGGACCAAAAGUAAAUUUACAAGAUGGAUAUUAUCAUAGAAUUCGAGGGAUUCGUUCAAGUAAUCAAGUUCUACUCGAAGUUGAUCAAUAUCAUACUAUCUAUAGAUUAUACAAUGAAUUCAGUUCAUUAAUGAAAAUUCAGCAUAUUUGGUUGGGUCACUCACCGAUAUCGAACCGAUCAGAUUUCAUAAGGGGUUAUCUAUCAGGAGUUUAUUACAAUGGAUUACUACUGACAGAUCUUGCAGCAGGCAUAAAACAUCUCACGUUUGUCAAAGUUAUAAGGUAUUUGGAAGUUGAACACAUCGGUAGAUUUCAGCUCAAAUUAGGACCAAAUAGUCCCUUUUACAUUGAUUUCAACCCUCGUAAAGAAAAAAAACAAGUUCUAUCGAAAUCCCAACUAUCAUUUUAUACGCCAAAUGUCAUUACGUCAGAUACAAGUGACAACUCAAACCUGUCUAUCUUAAAACCGGAGAAUUGUCCAUCGUGUUUCAGCAGAAAGGAUCACUACUGGAAUCAGCCAACUGUAUCGAACCAGUCGAAUGCCUUACUUACAUCAAAAUUUCAUCCUACAGUAUUUAAACCUUCUUAUUCAAUAAACAUUUGGUUGUUUGUAUGCUUAAUUUUAACCGGAAUUAUUUUAAUCAGUUCAUUUGGUUUUCUGAUUUAUCGUUGUGCUCAACAUCAGUGUGUUGAAGAUUAUGCUAAUCAUCUGCAGCAUAGUGAAGAUUUCAAUUUAUCAAAUGAAACUAAUUUAAUGAAGUCAGACAAUACUCAGAUUUCUGAUAAUCAUAAUAAACACAUACCCCAACAAAAACAGCAACAGCAACUACCGGCUUAUACAAAUCAACACUGUACUUCAUUAUGUCAAACAAGGAACAAUGAAAAUCGAUAUAAUGUAAACUCUAAGCCGACAACCGCAUUCCUCAUUGAUAAUUUUCAGUAUAUUGAGAGUAAAAAUGAUUCUGAUAAGAUAUGUUUGCCAACAGUAAGACAUUCAGAUAGUGAAGAUCCUUUAAAAGUUUCUAAAAUGAAUAUGACUUUCAGGGAAGAUGACACACAUCAUGGUGAAAUUGACAACUUCAAGUUAGGCAAGUAUGAAAAGCUACCGAAUUGCUCAACUAUGAAAUUCCAACAAACUUCUAUGAAAUACCCAAAUUUUUUCACUUAUAAUCCACGCAAACACAAUGUAAGCGAAGCAAAUUUGACUAAUUUCACCUUUCUACAAAAUACACAAGCUAUGUAAUUAUUUAUUAUGUAUUUAUUACAUUAAAGUGUACAAAGGUGUUGAUAUGACCGAAAUGACACAAGAAAAACAGCUUUUUACUUUUGCAUAAAUAUUAUAUUUUAUUAUUACG